AUGAUCUUCGGGUCCGAAGACGAAGACUUGGCUGCCGCUGGAGUUCCAGAAGCACCCGGUUUGGGUGCAUCCGCUUUUUUGGCGACGGCUACUGCGGCUACUGCUUUCGCUGUGCUGCCGUCCAAAGGCUUGGGGACAGGUUGUUUGGCCGGACUUGGUGGCACAGCCUUGGCAGCUUUGGGAUCCACUACGGCCGGGGCUGCAGGCACAGGACCCGACUUCGGUUUCGGCUUUGCAACUGGCACAGCUUUUGAGGCUGGUGCUCCUGCCGAUGCAGCCGGUGCGGGCGCAGCGGGAGAUGGCACUUCUGCCGGAGACGCGGGCGUCGGUGCGGCCGAUUUCGGGGCCACAAGUUUCGGUGCUGCAGGCUUUGCGCUGGCUGUGGAUGGGAGGGGGGCGGGGGUCGGUGUGGACGCAUCGGGGGAUGGCACUUGUGGCUUCGGCUUCGCUGCAGGCUUUGCAGGAACCGAGGUCGGUGUGGACGCAUCGGGAGAUGGCACUUGUGGCUUCGGCUUCGCUGCUGCCGGAGACGCAGGCAUUGGUGCGGCCGGUUUCGGGGCCACAGGUUUCGCUGCAGGCUUUGCGGGAACCGGGGUCGGUGUGGACGCAUCGGGAGAUGGGACUUGCUUUGCGCUGGCUGUGGAUGGGAGAGGGGACGGUGUGGACGCAUCGGGAGAUGGCACUUGUGGCUUGGGCUUGGCGGGUGCUAAAGACUUCGCCUUGGGAGGGGCUGGGGGCUUUGGAUUGGCUUUUGCAGCAGCCGGCUGCAUGCUAGCACGUUUCUACGUGCAUUUGCAUGUCUGUGAAGAAGCUGCUUCAAAUGGCCCAUGGCACGCCAACUAA